AGAGGAUCCAAUGUCGUCAGCCUCGUAUUCCAGAGUGAGGGGACUGUUUAUGCAGACGCACACGCAGGAAGUGUGUCGCAUAGAUAGCUCUCCCCCUUCCCUGUGCAUUUGGAAGCGGGAUAAUUGGAGAAUUAAAUUGUAUGUGUGUAGAAAAAAAAAACUAGUAAAAUGUUUGCGGGAUUACCAGAACUUGGAAUUUCCAACGGCGAAGAUCUAAAAGAAACUCUCACCAACUGCACAGAGCCUCUGAAAGCAAUCGACCAAUUUCAGACAGAGAAUGGCAUCUUAUUGCCCACACUUCAGUCGGCGCUGCCCUUCCUGGACCUCCACGGCACACCCCGACUGGAGUUUCACCAGUCUGUCUUCGACGAGCUUCGGGAGAAGCUGAUGGAGCGUGUGGCCACUAUCGCGGAAGGGAAGGAGGAGGACCGAUAUGUGAAGCUGGAGGAGCUGCUGGAGAAAAGUUUUCCUUUGGUCAAGAUGCCGUCCAUCCAGCCAGUGGUCAUGCAGGUGAUGAAACACCUGCCCAAGGUACCAGAGAAGAAGCUGAAGCAGGUGAUGGCAGAUAAGGAGCUGUACAAGGUGUGCGCCGUGGAGGUGAAGCGGCAGAUCUGGCAGGACAACCAAGCCCUGUUCGGGGAUGAGGUGUCCCCGCUGCUCAAGCAGUACAUCGUGGAGAAGGAGGCGGCGCUGUUCAGCAGUGACCUCUCUGUGCUUCACAACUUCUUCAGCCCCUCGCCUAAGACACGCCGACAGGGAGAGGUGGUGCAGAAGCUUACGCAGAUGAUCGGGAAGAAUGUGAAGCUCUAUGACAUGGUCCUGCAGUUCCUACGCACUCUCUUCCUGCGCACGCGCAACGUCCACUACUGCACGCUGCGCGCUGAGCUGCUCAUGUCGCUCCAUGACCUGGACAUCAGCGAGAUCUGCUCUGUUGACCCAUGCCACAAGUUCACCUGGUGCUUGGAUGCCUGCAUCCGAGAGAAGUUUGUGGAUGCCAAGCGAGCCAGAGAGCUGCAGGGUUUCCUGGAUGGAGUCAAAAAGGGUCAGGAGCAAGUGCUGGGGGACCUGUCUAUGAUCCUGUGUGACCCGUUCGCCAGUAACACCCUGGUGCUGAGUCUCGUCAGGAAUCUGCAGGAGCUGCUGGGGCAGGACGCUUUACCCAGGGACAGUCCAGACCUGCUUCUGCUUCUGAGGAUGCUGUCACUUGGCCAAGGAGCGUGGGACAUGAUUGACAGCCAGGUGUUCAAAGAACCUCGCCUGGACCUGGAAGUGGUGACGCGCUUCUUGCCUGCGAUGUUGUCGGUGGUGGUUGACGACUACACUUACACUGUAGAGCAGAAGCUCCCCAGCGAGGAGAAGACGUCCCUGAUCUAUCCCAGCAGCCUGCCGGACGCCUUCAACAGGUAUCUUCAGGAGAACAGAGUUGCGUGUGAGAUGGGCCUGUACUAUGUUCUUCACAUUGCAAAGCAGAGAAACAGAAAUGCUCUGCAGAGGUUGCUGCCCGCGCUGGUUGAAACCUAUAAUGACACGGCUUUCGGGGACAUAUUCCUGCACCUGCUGACGGGGCACCUAACCCUGCUCUCCGACGACUUUGGCACGGAGGAGUUCUGCUCUGCCGUCUUCGACAAUUUCCUCAUGACUUCUUUCUCAAGUAAGGAGAACGUUCACCGGCACACGCUGCGCUUGCUGCUGCAUCUGCACCACAAGGUGCUGCCAUCUCGCCUGGAGGCCCUGGUGAAGACCCUUGAGCCCCCUAAGCAGAGCAGUGACCCUGUAAAAGAGCUGUACACCCAGCUGGUGGAGAAGCUGGAGGCUCAGAAGAAGAGCCCUCCACAGCCUGCUGAAGCUCCCACGCUGGACCUGGGCCUCCACCCUGUCACAGUGCCUACCCCCACCUCCGCUCCCAGCACGCCCCUGUGAAAGAGGGCAGGCCUCCUGGCUCAGGGAGCUGUUCUGUGUGAAAGAGGGCAGGCCUCCUGGCCCAGGGAACUGAUCUGUGUGAAAGAGGGCAGGCCUCCUGGCCCAGGGAACUGUUCUGUGUGAAAGAGGGCAGGCCUCCUGGCCCAGGGAACUGUUCUGUCCACCCUGAUUCCCAUGUGCACGCAUUGACCUUUUAUAGUUCUGUAUAUAGAUCAGUUUAAUACAAAAUAGCGUUCUUUAAAGGAGCACGAAAAUCUAUAUAUAACUGGUCACAGCUUAGUGCUUCCUUCUCAUAUUUUAAAACAUGAGGUACCAUGCUUUAAAAUAGUGCUUAAAGACCAACAUUGGAAUGUGUAAAUUUUUUAACAAAACGCAGUCUAUCUGCAUAACUGUACAAGUUUCACAGUAUAUCGUCCUUUAUUUUUGACUGAAUGUGAUUACCUGUGUUGGUUGUGUGUAAUAAAACAAACUGUAAAUAAAAGAUUUGGUUAGGA